AUACCUCCGAUUCAAAUUCUGGCAAAAACAAAAAUUCGAUCUGUUACAGAAUUUUCAGGUGUACUCCCGCCUUAAAAUCUGACAGGGAUCAAACAUGCACUUUCCCUUCUCAACUGGUUUGGCUCUUGUAUAAAGUUGCCAGGUAUUCUGAUUGUACAGAAUCCUGCAAAGAGCGUCAGAGUAGGAGGUCAGGCUAGUAAAAGGAAUAUUUCCUCCUACGAGAACUGGAGGCGAGUUAAAUGAGUGACGCGAUCGAAGAUUACCAUUAAUGCUCCGUCGUGCACACCAGGGACGCAUUUAAUGUACUUUGCAGCGUUGUAUAUUUUCGCAGCAAACCGGCUGGCAACAAGCGAUGGCAUACAACUCUCUUAGAGCAAGCGAGGAGAUUAAUGUUGAAAAUGACAAUGAAGUACUUGGUAAGUUAACAGUACUGAAAUUCGUCAGACUUGAGUAUCUCCUCGUGUUCGGUUCAGGGUAACGAAAAGACCGACCUUUAGGAAGUUGCUUGCUAACUUUGGCGGUAAAAGAGGGAGCGUAAAUGUGCGUUCUACUUUUCGUUGUAUUGUUUAAUUAAAAGACAUAGUUACUUCUAUUUAGCUUGUAAUGCCAGGAGUGCUAAUCAACUGAGGGAAAUUGUAGGGGUUAAUACACGUACUUUCGUGAGAAAAUUAUCAUGGUAAAAAGUUAUAUGAAAUACUAACUGUUGGUAAGGGCAAAGCUUCGCCUUCAGUUGAGAUAUUUGUUCCGACAUAACUUAUUUAAACUUCUGCACAUCAUUUUCUCCCUUAUUCCUUGAUGACUCUGUUUGCCAAUUCGACUGACAUUAAAACACGGCCAUGAAAGCGCGCAUCGACGGGGUUGUCUAUAUUAAAUGCAAAUUGCAAGUUGAUUUCUGUGCCGCUUAAUUUUAGUCUUUUUAUAUACGAUGUUUUUAAGGGAUCAGCAGUAACAGCGUAGCGUGUUCUAAAAACACACCGUCUCCUCCAGACAUUGACUUCCUUGCUCGAAAUUGUACAAAAAUGGUGUUUUGGCCGGGGAAAAUGUUUUCUUGUGUCACUUUCGUGACUUCUUUCUCGCUAUGCAGUUCAGUGAACCGAAUCAAGCAAUCAUUCGUUGUCGGUUUUAUCCCAGGGAAGGGGGACUCCCUAUAAUAUAUAGAAUGUAAGAGGAGGUUCCGCCCGAAAGGUGUACCUUUAACAGGCUGGAGGUAUAUUGAAGGAUAGGGAAGUUUCACAGGGUAGAAAAAAGGGUGGGGAAAACUGUUAUUUAGGUGUUUAAAAUAUGGUAUUUAUUUCUCGGGAGGUAAAUAAUUUUAUGUGACUUUUUAGUGUCAGUUGCCAGUUUAGGACAGGGGUAAACAUGUUCAACAAUUCCAGAUUGCUGUCCUCUCUGUUCCUUUAGUUCUCGGAGCAAAGCAGAGAGUACACUUACCCAACCACCCAACUCACCCACCCCUCGUAGAUAUGAUGGGUACCCAUUCGCCUUUGCUGAGAAUGGCUGAUAUAUUUAGAAAUAUUUUUUAUGCUGUAGUUUCGUUUUGUAGAAUAAACGGUCCUCUGGGUGGCCAAAAAUGGCAACCACAAGUGUCUGCUUCCACUGUAGGUUAUAAAAAAGUAUAAUUAGGCCUAGCGCAUAAAGCGCCUUUCAAAAUAUCUUGCUAAGAGACGUACCAAACGUCCAAUUCAUCCAAGUAUUUUUGGCAAAAACAAUUUUUUACCUCUCCCCUGUCUACUGUUGGGAUAUAAAAAGAGUGCCAUUUUGAAUGGAAGGGUGCAAAAGGGUUGAUUUUUCUGUGAAAAUAGUACAAAAAUGGGUAAAUGUUUUGACCCUGGGGACAAAGACUCCCCGCAUGUUGAGAAGCCUCCCGGAUGUCUUAUUCCUCCUGAUUUUAAGCACUUCUUCCCGUCUUCCACUCUCCGUGAUACCACUUUUCUUGUCCCCUGACCUCUUGGAGAAAAUUUACACUCAGAAAACUAGGAAAACAUAUGAUAUGCCACUCCAAAUUGAAGUUUGAGCUAACUGUGUCAAGCCACCAUUAAAAGUCCAUAAAUUGGUUUCUGUUUUAUUCAAUCAGAGCCCAAAGAAGAAGCCGUUUUAGAAGACCAGAAACUCAAUCAUCGCUUUUCUGAGCCGUGGGAAGAUAGUGACAUGGUUCUUAUGGUGGAAAAUGAGAAGUUUCAUGUUCAUCGUGUAAUCCUAAUUGUGAACUCGCCAGUGUUCAAGGCCAUGUUCAGAUCUGAAUUCAAAGAGGCAACAGCCAACGAGGUUCCAUUGCCUGAGAAAAAAGCCAACGAAGUACUGGACUUUCUGAAACAACUUUACGUGCAAGAACGAGAGGAAAUAACUAUGGAAAACGUGGAGCAUCUUCUCAAGUUAAGCGACGAGUACCAGGUAAAAGGCAUCUUUGAGCAGUGCGUCAAGUUCCUCGAACAUCAGCCAAAAACAGAAAGAAAUGUAAUGAAGAUUAUGAGACUUGCAAGCUUGUACAAGCUUAGCAAUGUGCUUGAGGGCUCCUACACCACGAUAAGGGAAAUGAAACGUCAGUCCAUUUUAGAAGCUACCCAGCUGGAGGCUCUUGACAAGGAGACCUUGCAAAACAUCAUGUCGCAAAGACUUGAACGGUUAGAAACGUUUCUUGACCAGUUGUAUCCUCAAUUUAUUGGGGUUGUAGAAUGUUGUUUCUGGCUCUGUUCUAGAUCAGACAACUUGAACAAAAGUGUCACUUGGUGUCCUUUACAUUUCACCAACGGUAAAUCACACUCGGCUGAUAUUGUUAAACGUCUCAAGGAAUGUCCAGUUUGCAAGCAAAUGUUACUUACAAUAAUUGAAACAACUAAGUCAACUAGGGAAUACUGGGAUCGUGCUAGUUCAUCAUGCAAGUGUGAGAUUACUUAUAAUUAUGGUGGCAAUUUACGUUUUGACGAAGCUUUGUCAUCUUUGAUACAGGAUUUCUCUAAGUUGAUAGAACAUCAAUUGCCACACAAGUUUCAGCUAGUAAGUGGAAUCACUUCUGGAAAGCUUCUUGAUAUCUUGGACAAUUUAAAACACUUUUAUCUUAUACUAGUUUGAAGUAGGGGGCGCUACUAAGUGUUGAUAGCCCAGGCGUCAAAUUAAUUUGUUGAGUAAGGUCUGUAAGAGGUCGUAACAUGCACAUAAUUUUAUUAAGCACAUCACUUUAUCAUGAAUGGAAAUAAUACAACAACAUGCAUUACGUCAGCUACAUAGUAAAACAGGCUCGCGUUAUCUUUGAGGGUGAUCCUCGAAUGCUGCUGUCCUUAUAGUGUAGUCUAGAAUGAUUAUACAUGUAAAAGCUCUCUCUUUCAAUCGGAAGCAGGUUGUCUGAAAGAUUAGCCUAAAAGUUUUUCAGUUUUUACGUUAUCGCCGGUUCACGGGUGCGCUACACAAGACUUAUUUUAGGAAAGUAAAUAAUUAUUAUGUUUAAAAAUUUAAUUUGUGCAUAGUCCUGAUGAUUGUAACUCUUUUUAGGUGUCCCCAAUUAGUAGCAAUGCUAAAUCUCAUUGACAAGUGAAUAAAGUUAUUGUUGUUCAAACCAUUAUCGAGGGACAUCUAUGAAUGAGGUGUGACUGAUAGCUGAGAAUUGGUUAAACAGUUUUAACUGUUAGCUGACAAAUAGCACGCUUUUAAGAUUAUAGCUGAUCCAAAAUCUGCAAAAUUAAUCGAUAUCAGAGAAGUGGGAUGGUAUUAAAAGCCCCGGGUAAACGAUCGCAAUAUUUGAACGCAACAUAUCGCAACAUUGUUGGACGCAUGUUGUACGCGUUUGGCCACCCUGUUGCGACGUGCUG